AUGAAUACAAACAGUGGUCAAACAUUACAAAAAUUAGUAACACAUAAUGACAAUACAUUAACAAAUUCUCAAGCCUCAACAAUUACUUUUAAUUCAAUAAAUUAUACAUUACAUACACAAAAGUGUUGUAAUGCAUGUCCAUUGCCAUUUAUUAAAAAGACAUAUAAACAAAUUCUUUAUGAUAUCAAUGGAAUAUUUAAACCAGGCAUGAAUGCUAUUCUUGGUCCAACGGGUAGUGGAAAAUCAUCAUUAUUAGAUAUAUUAGCUGAUCGAAAAGAUCGACAUGGUCUCGAUGGACAAGUAUUAAUGGAUGGACAAGUUCAAACAACAGAUUUUAAAUAUCAUGUUGGCUAUGUUGUUCAAGAUGAUAUUCUAAGUGGAACAUUAACAGUUAGAGAAAAUUUAAGAUUUUCAGCUAAUCUUCGAUUAUCAAAAUAUUUUUCACGUGAAACUAAAGAAGCUAUUGUUGAACAAGUUAUUGAACAAUUGGGUUUAGAAACAUGUGCUGAUUCAAGAGUAGGCACAGAAUUUCUACGCGGAAUAUCUGGUGGAGAAAGAAAACGAACAAAUAUUGGCAUGGAAUUAGUUUUAUCACCAUCUGUACUCUUUUUGGAUGAACCAACAACAGGUAAUUUAAUUAUCUAA